GGUUCUUUAUCAAUCGGGGUUGGGACAACUGGAUCCAAGUUGAGCCUUGUAGAUAUUGCGCCCACAAACUUCAAGAACUGUGACUUCAAAGUCGAACUUGAAAUUGAACUGGAAGCCAAUGCGGCUUGCUGAGGGAGUCGAGGAGAUCAUCUCCGAGAUGCAAGAAACCUUCAUGGUUGAUCUCAAACAGAGUGUGUAACGUCGUAAGUGGGCACAGAAGCUGAAGCUGCUCGAAUAGGGCAGCCCCUUUCUAUGGUUGGAGUGGUUCAGAGGACUCCCAUUACUUGCUGAAUACUUCCUGGAGAGGAUGGAGCGGGGAAAGCUUGGCAGCCUGGUUGCACUCUUGGUUCUAUGUGCAUUCUUUGCAGGUUCUUACACAAAGGAGCAGAACGUGGCGGACUCCGCCACUGAAACACUGAAUCUCCCACCAAAGGUUGAGCUUGAGCCAAAGGUGGUCCCUAGCGCCAAAGUGACUGACCAUGAAACACCUGCCCGGGAAGCUGCUUUGAAGCAGCAGCGAGCAGGUGGAGAGAAGUUCGAAUUUCAGGCGGAGGUCAACCGGCUCAUGGAUAUCAUCAUCAACAGCUUGUACUCCAACAAGGAUAUCUUCCUCCGCGAGCUUAUCUCGAACGCAUCUGAUGCCCUGGACAAAAUUCGGUUCUUGUCCCUGACUGAUCCCACCAUUCUUGGUGAGGGCGAAGCUGCCAAACUGGAGAUUAAGAUCAAACUAGACAAGGAGAAUAAGAUCCUAACAAUUCGCGACCGGGGUAUUGGGAUGACCAAGGAGGACCUGAUCAAGAAUUUGGGAACAAUCGCAAAGUCAGGCACUUCAUCCUUCUUGGAGCAGAUGCAGAAGGGUGGGGACCUGAACCUGAUUGGGCAGUUUGGUGUUGGCUUCUACUCGGUGUAUCUUGUGGCAGACACCGUGGAGGUGGUCAGCAAGCACAACACUGACAAGCAGUGGGUGUGGGAGUCCCAAGCGGACGGCAGCUUCACGGUAUACGAGGACGCAGAUGGGGAGUCCCUAGAGCGAGGCACGGAGAUCAGGAUCCACCUCAAGGACGAAGCCUCCGAGUAUGCUGACGAGGACAAGCUCAAGGCCCUGGUGAGCCGCUACUCGCAGUUUAUCAACUUCCCCAUCUCGCUGUGGGCCAGCAAGGAGGUGGACAAGGAGGUACCGGUGGAAGAGGAGGAGGAGGUCGAGGAUGAUGUGGCAGACAGCAAGGACGAGGAGGAAAGCACGGAAGAGGAAGAAGAGGAGGUGGAGGAGGAAGACAAGCCGAAGACAAAGACAACCAAGGAGACAGUGUGGGACUGGGAGCUGCUGAACGAUGUGAAGCCGGUGUGGUUGCGCAGCCCCAAGGAUGUUCCCGACGAGGACUACGUCAAGUUCUACCAGUCGCUUACCAAGGAAUCGUGGGCGAAGCCCAUGUCGUGGGCGCACUUCAACGCGGAGGGCGACGUGGAGUUCAAGGCGAUCCUGUACAUCCCGGCCUCGGCGCCGCCCCAGUUCUACGACAACUACUACACCAUCAGCCCCGACGUGAAGCUGUACGUGCGCCGUGUCUUUAUCAGCGACGACUUCGACGACCUCCUGCCGCGCUACCUCAUCUUCCUCAAGGGUAUUGUGGACAGCGACACGCUGCCGCUGAACGUGAGCCGCGAGAUGCUGCAGCAGCACAGCGCCCUGAAGCUGAUCAAGAAGAAGCUGGUGCGCAAGGCGCUCGACAUGAUCCGCAAGAUUGCGGAAGACGACGAGGACGACACCAAGAAGGGCGCCGACGACGACGAAGCAGAGAGCGCUGACAAGGGUUCCAAGGACCCUGAGGCACGCGGCAAGUAUGCCAAGUUCUGGGGGCAGUACGGCAAGGCCAUCAAGCUGGGCAUCAUUGAGGACGCCUCCAACAGGGUCCGACUCGCCAAGCUCCUCCGGGUGCACACGUCCAAGUCUGGCGACAAGCUGACGAGCUUGGAGGAGUACGUGUCACGCAUGAAGCCGGGUCAGAAGCAGCUCUACUUCAUCUCGGGGGAGAGCAAGGAGCAGCUCGCGCAGUCGCCCUUCGUGGAGAAGCUCCUCAAGAAGGACUACGAGGUGAUCUACUUCACGGACCCCAUCGACGAGUACGUGACGGGGCAGCUGACGGAGUUCGACGACAAGAAGUUCCAGGACGCGACCAAGGAGGACCUCAAGGUGGGCGAGCGGGACGAGGACGAGAAGAAGAAGUUCAAGGAGACCAAGGAGGAGUUCAAGGACCUCACCAAGUGGUGGAAGGACGUGCUGGGCGGGUCGGAGGUGGAGGGCGUGAAGGUGAGCAAGCGGCUGCACCGCACGCCGUGCGUGGUGGUGACUUCCAAGUACGGCUGGAGCGCCAACAUGGAGCGGCUCAUGAAGGCGCAGGCCAUGGCUGACGACAGCAAGCACGCGUACAUGAAGGGCCGCCGCACGCUCGAGAUCAACGCGAACCACCCGCUCAUCCGGGAGCUCAAAGCCAAGGUCGCGGCGGACCCCGAGGACGAGAGCGCCAAGGAUUCAGCGAAGCUGAUCUACGAAACGGCGCUGCUGGAAAGUGGGUUUGCGCUGGACAAGCCGAAGGAGUUUGCGGCCAGGUUAUACGAGGUCAUCCAGAAGGACCUGGGCGUUGACGCGGGUGACUUCGCCGGUGUUGAGGAAGCGGAGGAGGACGAACCGGAGGAGCCCACCAAGGAGGCUGAGGCCGAAACACCAGCAGACGAGGCUGAUGUCGAAGUGACGUCAGCGAAGGAUGAGGAGGUUGAGGGCGCGGACGAGCCGUCGAAGUUGGAAAAGGACGAGUUGUAAGGGAUAGCUUUGAAGACCUGUGCGGAAGGAAAGGUUUCUGGUCGAGUGCUUCCACUGGUCUGCUCGGUUUUCAACGAAGAACCUCAGUCCUGGCGGUCGCCAGGUUUCUGAGUGAAUUGUCGAUUGUCACAUCAUCUGCCGAUCAGUGACCGUUACAGCGCCCUGCAUUCAUUGCGAGGGUCCAUCAGCAUGGCAUAAGCCUGGCUGGACAAGUGGCUUGGGUCUGCUGCAGUUUGGCCGCUCUUGACAACCUGGCUGCCCUAUCUUACAUACUGUAGAGGUAUCGAACGCAUUGCACUAGCGGUCCUGCCAGCUUGAAAGAUGCCACUGUUUGUGCAUGUUGUCAACUUCAAUAUCCGGUG